CUGUCAGCCAGCUUUGAAUGUGUGUGUGUGUGCCAUUGCCGUCAGCAACAACGGCGAACGCGCGACGAGAUGAAACACGCAACAGACAGGCCUGGGCGGCUGGAGACUUUGACCCCCAAGGCGACCACCGGAAAGUGGGGCCGUAAUAGUCAAGUGAAGCUAAUUGCGCGGGCAGUGAAUUAAGCGACUGGACCGUACGAGCGCCAUGCAGCGGAACGUGCAAACGGUCCGGCGCAUCAACGUGCUGCGCCGCAUCCUCGCCCACCAGCAGCCGGCCGUGGCCGGUGUGGGCGGCGUAUCGUGGAGCCGACACUGUAGCACCACCGCCACCGGUGGCACCAUUCAGAUCGACGACGUGGAGAAGGAGAUCGAUGUGCCGCUGCGCCCGGAACUCGUCCCGACCGGUUACGUGAGCGUCAGCGAGACCGGCGAGGCGGCCCUGUCCCAGACCCGGCUGCACCAUCUCCGGUGGAUGCUGCAGAAGGAUAAGCUCGGGCAGGACAUACUGCUGCUCGGGCGGCCCGGCGGCCUGCGGCGUAGGAUCGUGAUGCAGUACUCGGAGCUGACGCGGCGCGAGGUCGAGUACAUACUGCUGAACCGCGACACGACCGAGAGCGACUUGAAGCAGCGCCGGGAGAUACUGGACGGCACGUCCUCGUACCACAACCAGAGCGCGGUCCGGGCCGCCAUCGAGGGCCGCAUACUGCUGAUCGAGGGGGUGGAGAAGACGGAGCGGAACGUGCUGCCGAUAUUGAACAAUCUGCUCGAGAACCGGGAGAUGCACCUGGAGGAUGGCCGGUUCCUGAUAGCGGCCAAAAACUACGACGCCCUGCUGGAGCGCUUCAGCCGCGACCAGCUGGACCAGUGGGGACUGGUGCGGGUGUCGGAGAAAUUCCGCGUAAUCGCCCUCGGUCUGCCGGUGCCGCGGUACCGCGGCUCCCCGCUCGAUCCACCGCUCCGGUCCCGCUUCCAGGCGCGCGACAUUGCCGAGCUGCCGUACGUGGAGGUGCUGACGGAGGCGAAAGCCCUCGCCGGUCCGCUCGACCACCCGGACGUGCUGACCAAGCUGGUCUCGUUCGCGUACGGCAUCCAGUCGGCCUCGGCCCUGCUGCCCGACUUCCCGAUCGACAAUUUGCAGUACGCGGGCCGGCUGCUCCGCCACAACGGCACGCUGACCGAGCAGGAGCUGCUGCGGCGCUUGUACCCCUACCCGGUGUUUCUCGAGAAGGAGGGCAGCUCGUACGUGACCGGGCUGAUGGAGUCGCUCAAGUUUGCUCCGGCGGAAGGUGCGGCCAACCGAGCGGCGGUGGAAAGCGUUACGGCGGAAGGCGACGAGCUAAAGGUGCGAUUGCAAACGGCGAAGGGACCGGUCGAGUUUCGGCUGCCCGCUGGUACGUCCAGCCCGCUCGAGGACAAGCGGCAACCGUUCAUACCGACGCCGUACCAGACCGGCCUGCUGGCCGAGCUGGUGCAAACGGUGGCCGUCGGUGACGUGUGUCUCGUGGGCCCGAAGGGUUGCGGCAAAUCGAUACUGGCCGAGCAGCUGUGCCGGCUGCUGAACGACCAGCACCUGGAGGCGAUGGUCCUGUACCAGGACAUGACGGCGCGCGACCUGCUGCAGAAGCGCACGACCCGCCUGAACGGCGACACGGUGUGGCAGGACUCACCGCUGCUUCUGGCCGCCCUCGCCGGGCACGCGAUCGUGCUGGACGGCGUGCACCGGCUGCACCACAGCACGCUCGGCACACUGCACCGGCUGGUGCACGAUCGCGAGCUGCAGCUGUACGAUGGCCGCCGGCUGCUGGCCCACGACCGGUACGACCGGCUGCAGGCGGCCCAGCCGGGGCAGGAUCUGCGGGCGGCCGGCCUGCUGCGCAUCCAUCCCGGCUUCCGCAUCAUCGCGCUGGCCGAGCCGGCCCAGAGUGGGGCGGCGGGUACGAACGGGCCGUCCCGCACCGCCUGGAUCGGGGCGGAGACGCUCGCCCUCUUCCUGUUUCACGAGGUGCGCGGGCUGAGCGAGCGCGAGGAGCGCCACGUGCUCGACACGCUGUACGGCCCGAUCGGCGAAACGAUGGAGCAAAUCCUGCGUGUCGCGCACCACCUGCGCACCUCGAACGAUCCGGUGCAGCAGACGCUCGCCGGCAAUCUGUCCACCCGGCAGCUGCUGCGCAUCGCCCGCCGGCUGCACCAGUACGGGGAGGAGGAGAAUCGGGCCGGGGCAGCGGCCGACAUACUGCACGCCACCUUUCUGAGCAAGUUCAUGCCGAGCCUGCCGCGCUCGGUGCUCGAUUCGGCGAUGCGCCGCUACCUGGACGGCUACAGCGGUGCGACGGCCGGUGAGUCGGACCGAGCCGCCCCGAUCGCGGUGGAGCAGACGGACGAGCUGUUGCGGAUUGGGCGCACGAGCGUACCGCGGUACCGCACCGACGCGGUCAGCAAGAUCCCGGACAUUGUGUUCUACGACGUGCCGCAGCACCUGCGGCUGAUGGAGCGGCUGCUGCAGGACUUUCUGCUCGGCGAGCAUCUGCUGCUGGUGGGCAACCAGGGCGUCGGCAAGAACAAGAUCGUCGACCGGCUGCUGCAGCUGAUGGGGCGGCCGCGCGAGUACAUCCAGCUGCACCGCGACACCACCGUCCAGUCGCUGACGCUGCAGGCGACGGUGCGGGACGGCCGGAUCGCGUACGAGGACUCGCCGCUGGUGAAGGCGGUCCGGCACGGGCACGUGCUGGUGGUGGACGAGGCGGACAAGGCGCCCGUCCACGUCACCUGCAUACUGAAGACGCUCGUCGAGCACGGCGAGAUGCUGCUGUCCGACGGGCGCAAGAUUUGCCCGCCCAGUGCGAAGGGAGGCGGCGGCGGCUUCCUGCCGACCCAUCCCGACUUCCGCAUGAUCGUGCUGGCGAACCGGCCCGGCUUUCCCUUCCUCGGGAACGAUUUCUUUGCCGCGCUGGGCGAUCUGUUCGCGUGCCACGCGGUCGACAAUCCGCUGCCCGAGUCGGAGCGCUACCUGCUGCAGCAGUACGGGCCGUCCGUGCCGGUCGCGACGAUCGGCCGGCUGGUGGACGCGUUCGCCGAGCUGCGCGAGAUGGCGGACGCCGGCAAGCUCCACUAUCCGUACUCGACGCGCGAGGUCGUCGCGAUCGUGCGCCAUCUGGAGCGCUUCCCGGCCGACCCGCUCGCCGAGGUCAUUGGCAACGUGCUCGACUACGACCGGUACGCGCCGGAAACGCUCGACCAGGUGACAGCGGUGCUGCUGCGCCACGGGCUGCCGGUCGGCGAGUACGCCGCGGGGUGCGAGGCGCUCGCGGCGAUGCGCCGCCAGCGCGAGCUGCAGCUGACGGUGCGCAGCCACAGCGGGAAGGGCGUGUCCGGACCGAAGCACGGCAAGGUCGACCCGAACAAUGACCCGCACGUCGGGGGCAACACGUGGGCGGGCGGUACGGGCGGGCGCGAUACGGCCGGGCUCGGCGGCAAGGGUGGCCCGUACCGGCUCGACGCCGGCCACAAGGUGCACCAGCUGUCCGACGCGGAGAAGGACGACAUCCCGGAGUCGGUGAAGCAGGCGGCGCGCGACAUGAACCGGAAAGCGUUCGAGGAGAAGCUGCGCGAGAUACAGAUGAGCCCGUACGAGCACAAGGUGUACGAGCAGUACGCGGAGCCGGUCCGGCGCCAGGUGCAGCAGCUGCGCAUCACGCUGCAGGCGCUGCAGGCGCGGGCCCGGGAGCGCCAGUGGCAGCGGCACCGUAGCGCGGGCGAGCUGGACGACACCAAGCUGGUGGAGGGGCUGACGGGCGAGCGAGCGAUCUACAAGCAGCGGGCGGAGCAGGAGCCCGAACCGGGCACGCCCCAGGAGAAGCCGAAGCGCCUCAAGCUGGUGGUGGACGUGUCCGGGUCGAUGUACCGGUUCAACGGGUACGAUGGCCGGCUCGACCGCGAGCUGGAGGCGACCGUGAUGGUGAUGGAAGCGUUCGACGGGUUCGAGGGCAAGAUCCGGUACGACAUCGUCGGGCACAGCGGGGAGGCGGUGGCCGUCCCGUUCGUGAGCGAGAACAACCCGCCGAAGGAUGCGAAGCGCCGGCUCGAGACGAUCAAGAUGAUGCACGCGCACGCCCAGUUCUGCUGGAGCGGCGACCACACGCUGGCCGCGACCGAGCUGGCGGUGGACGAGCUGGCCAAGGAGGACUGCGACGAGGCGAUCGUGAUCGUGCUGAGCGAUGCCAACCUGGCCCGAUACGGCAUCACGCCGCGCAAGCUGAAUGCGGCGCUGGCGCGCCAAUCGCCCCGCGUCCAGGCGUACGUCAUCUUCAUCGGCAGCCUGGACGACGAGGCGAAGGUAGUGGCGGACAGCAUGACCGCGGGCAAGGCGUUCGUCUGCAUGGAUCUGGAGCAGCUGCCCCACAUUAUGCGCCAGAUCUUUGCCGCCUCGCUGCUGCAGUAGUGUUGGUAACGAUCGGGGGUUUCUUUUUGGGUAUUUUUUUUUUUUCGUUUUAUUCCAACUAGACAGUUUGUUAGUUGCUAGGGGGCUAUACAUUGUACCUUAUCCGGUGUGUACAGAUGCUUGUUAUUGCAAUACAUUUCGCUAUACCGAUUCUGAAACGUA